ACCCCAAAGGCUUCCUGGAUCCCCAACCGUGAAAGAGAAAGGCUGAUCCCCGUCUUCCCCCAGCUUCCUGCUUCUCUGAACCUCAUCUUUCCCUCCUUCCCUCUCCUGCUUAUUUCCCUUUCCCAACUGCUCUAACCCCACCCGACUCCCACACCUGACGCAGCCACCCCUGUCACCCUUUACCUCUAGGACUGUUCGUCCAGUUGCACCUUUCCCCCACAAAUCCUUCCCCACAGCAACUCCAUAGCCAGAAUCUCUGUUUAGUGUUGUUCCAGCCACACUAGCCGUUGUUUCUGCAGACCCUUGCCCUCGUCAUAGAGCUAUUCUUCACCCACUGGCUGCACGCCAGGCCCCAUGGCUACAGGAGGUCAUGCCCCAGAGAUAGAUGUGUUGAUCAACCUACGACAGGUGAAGGUGGAGGAGGAGGAUGAGGAAGGAUCAGUAGAGGAACAGGAGGAAGAAGAGGAGGAGGAGAACUGGGAGAAAGCACUAUCUGUGGAGCGCUUUGGAGACAUCAUCAGCGACUCUGCUUCUACCAGUGGAGACAGGAUGGGCCGACACUACACUGAGAAAGACUUUGAAUACCACAGACACACAUUUCACCAUACGCACCACCCCUUAUCCACCCACCUGCCCCUGCCCCAGCGUUUACGCAAGAGGGUGCACAGCUUGGACCGAAGGCGCAAAAAGAAACGGAAGAAAAAAAAGACCUCCCUGCCCCCCUCCGAUGUUACACCCACCAUCCACGAGGUAGAUGAGGAAGAGGCUGAGUCUGAGACCGACGGACAGGGGAUGGCUGCCACACCCACAGAGCUACCUGACAUCCAACCACAGUUUAGUUUGGGGAGCCAAGAGGACUUGGAGGAACCCCUCCAACUCACUACCUUCCACACGGAAAACGAAGAUCAUCCACUGUCGAAGAAAGCCGCACUCACUCUGAUGAAGGGGGAGACUCAUAAUGGGGGAAUUGAUGUUCUUGACCCGAAUGAAGCGAUGGAUGGAGAGGAAGCCGCUUGCAGCAGUGCUCCACCAGGAUCAGAUCCCUCCAGUUCAACCACGACCCGCGGCUGGUUCCGUAGGAAGCCCGUCCACCAUCGCCUGGCCGGCGCCCAGCGAAGCAACUAUGACCUGCGAGAGCGAAUCUGCAUCGGCAGUAUGACUGCACUGGAGACGGCCGUCUACCAGCAAGUGCCCACCGAUGAGGCCGAGGCCCAGAUGUUGGCCAGCGCCGAUCUGGAUGACAUGAAAAGUCACAGAUUUGAGGACAACCCUGGGGUGAGACGCCACCUGGUGAAGAAGUCGUCACGAUGUCAGAUGACCCGGGCCAGCAACAGUUCCACGCCGCUAUGCAGCCUGAAAAAGAAGAAGAGAGCAGCCGAUAAGAAAACUCACGAGUUGUUUGUGGAGCUGAAUGAGCUGAUUGUGGAGAAGGACCAUGAAAUGCGUUGGAAAGAGCGAGCACGGUGGAUCAAGUUUGAAGAGGACGUGGAGGAAGAGACAGAUCGCUGGGGCAAACCUCAUGUGGCCUCCCUCUCCUUUCGCAGCUUGCUGGAGCUUCGCCGCACCAUCACUCAAGGUGCAAUCCUGCUGGACCUCGAGCAGAACUCUCUGCCCGGCAUCGUCCAUCUGGUGGUGGAGACGAUGAUCAUCUCUGAUCAAAUCAGAGCUGAGGACAGACCGAGUGUUCUCCGGGCUUUGCUGCUCAAACACAGCCAUCCGAGUGAUAUGAAACAUCGUUUUCACCGCCACCAAUCAUCCAGCAGUCUUCAUGGCAGCUUCAAUCACAACCACGUCCCGGACACCAACCUGCCGCUGGUGGCUGAAGAGCAGGAAGAGCACCAGGAUAACAAAGUGCCGGUGUACGACCCAAAACAAGACGUGUUUGUCAGCCUGUUUAAAUCUCUCCACCCUCUGCCUCCUGAGAGCCAUCCAGCUGCAGCCAGAUCGAUGAAGCUCCUCGCCAAGAUUCCCAAAGAUGCUGAAGCUGUCAUUGUUUUAGUUGGCUGUGUUGAGUUUCUGGAGCAGCCAGCCAUGGCCUUUGUCAGGUUGAAUGAGGCAGUCCUUCUGGAGUCGGUGCUGGAGGUCCCUGUCCCCGUUCGCUUUAUUUUCGUCCUGAUCGGUCCCACUCAGUCCAACAUGGACUACCAUGAGAUCGGACGCUCCUUCUCCACUCUCAUGUCUGACAAGAGUUUCCACGAGGUGGCCUAUUUUGCUGACGACAGACAGGACCUCCUGAAUGGUAUCAAUGAAUUCUUGGACUGCAGCAUCGUCAUUCCACCCUCAGAUGUGGAGGGCAAAGACCUCCUGAAGACGGUGGCGGACUUCCAGAAGCAGAUGCUACGCAAGAGGAAGGAAAGAGACCUCAAGAGGCACCAGUCCUCAGCUGGAAUAGAGCAGAACAACAAAGAGGUGAGUCCAGAGGAGGAGGAGGAGGAAGACCAGGAGGUGGACCCAUUGAAGCGCUCAGGGAUCCCUUUUGGAGGCCUGAUCCACGACAUCCGCCGCCGCUAUCCACACUACAUCAGCGACCUGAAAGACGCCCUGGACAUGCAGUGCCUCGCUGCCGUCAUCUUCAUCUAUUUUGCUGCACUGUCACCGACUAUUACCUUUGGAGGCCUGCUGGGAGAAAAAACAGAAGGCAUGAUGGGAGUGACUGAGCUUAUUGUGUCAACUGCAACUCUUGGUGUUAUAUUCUCGCUGCUUGCUGGUCAGCCCCUCCUCAUCAUAGGCUUCUCAGGACCCUUGCUGGUGUUCGAAGAAGCCUACUACAAGUUCUGUCAGGCCCACAACUACGAGUAUCUGACUGGUCGAGUGUGGAUUGGUUUCUGGCUCAUCUUCAUUGUCCUGGUGAUUGUGGCUGCAGAGGGCAGCUUCCUUGUUCGCUACAUCUCACCGUUUACCCAGGAGAUUUUUGCUUUCCUCAUCUCCCUUAUCUUCAUCUAUGAGACUUUUUCUAAGCUCAUCAAGGUGUUUAAGGAACAUCCACUGAUGGCAGUGUACCCCAGUGACUCCACCCCAACUACUGAACUUCAAGAUUUUGAUCUCGUCUUCAACCAGCCUAACACUGCUCUUCUGUCUCUGGUCCUCAUGAUGGGCACUUUCUUUGUUGCUUUCUUCCUCAGGAAAUUCAGAAACAGUCGGUUUUUAGGCGGAAAGGCCAGAAGAAUCAUUGGUGACUUUGGUAUCCCCAUCUCAAUUUUAGUUUCAGUAGUGGUGGAUUACACCAUUACUGACACUUACACACAGAAACUCAAUGUGCCAUCUGGCUUCUCAGUCACCUCCCCUGACAAGAGAGGUUGGUUCAUCAGCCCCUUUGGUGACAAACAGCCCUUCCCCACAUGGAUGAUGGGAGCAUCUAUUGUACCUGCCCUUCUUGUCUUCAUCCUAAUUUUUAUGGAAACUCAGAUCACUUCAUUGAUAGUCAGUAAGAAGGAGCGUCACCUGGUUAAAGGCUCAGGCUUCCACCUGGAUCUUUUGCUCAUUGUCAUUCUUGGUGCCAUCUGUCCUCUUUUCGGCCUGCCGUGGCUCACCGCGGCCACUGUGCGUUCUGUCACUCACGUCAACGCCCUCACCGUCAUGAGCAAAGCCACGGCUCCUGGCGAAAAGCCCAUGAUCCAGGAGGUGAAAGAACAAAGGGUGACUGGGCUUCUUGUGGCUGUUCUUGUUGGUAUGUCCAUCGUGAUGGAAGACGUGCUCCGCCUCAUCCCUCUGGCUGUGCUCUUUGGCAUCUUCCUGUACAUGGGGGUCACCUCUCUGACAGGCAUCCAACUGUACGAACGCAUCACACUCAUGGUCACGCCCGCCAAGCAUCACCCCGACCACAUCUACGUCACCAAGGUGAAGACAUGGCGCAUGAACAUGUUCACCAUGAUGCAGCUGGCGUGCAUCGUGGCUCUGUGGGUAGUGAAGUCUACUGAGGCCUCCCUGGCGUUCCCCUUCGUCCUCAUCAUGACGGUGCCGCUGCGCCGCGUCAUCCUCUCCAGGAUUUUCGAGGAACGUGAGCUCCAGGCGCUGGAUUGCGACGAGGAUUCUCCCAACUUUGAUGAAGAUGGACGGGAUGAGUACAACGAGAUCCACAUGCUUGUAUAAAUUUAAACUCGACACAGCCCGUAUGACUUCCUCCAUCCUCCAGCUCUGGCCAAUCACAGCAAGCCUCUUUGGAAACCUCAGUGUCUCUGGGUAGCGGUAAAGCGGUAAAGCGAUAAGAGCUACCGUAAUGGUGUUUGUAAAAUAUUCAAAAGCUAUAGCUGGAUAAUCACUUCUUACCUUUGUUUAUUCCAGUCUUUUAAAAUAGCACACCUAAUGUUAGAUCUCUGUGGUGGUGGUGUUGUGUUAAACUCCCUGAAGAUUUUAUUGUGUCAGAGGCCUGAAAAUAGGUCUGAGCACCCAACCUGACGUGGACGAUGCAAAUCUAGCAAAAAAACUUUUUAUCCUAUGUAUCCCUUUAAUUACUCUGCAGGUUCUGGGCAUAAGUGCAAUGAUGAUGGUGACCUCUAGGACUACAGUGGGCUGGAUGAUUUAGACUCAUUAUUGUCCUAAAGUGGGAAAUGGGGUCAAUUUACUUUCAUUUCAUUCAAGAAGCGGAUUUUCUGCUGAACUGACCCUAAAUCUCAAAGCCCUAAAUUCUACUGCCUAUGUAUUUGAGCUGCCAUUUUCCGUUAUACUACUGCCACUGGCUAUAGGUUGCAAUGAUGUGCAAACGAGGAGUUAAGUAGUACUUUUCCUUUCUGUACAGACUUUUAGUAAUGAGCACUUUGACUGGGCAAAAGUUCACUUUUGUCGCUGCCAACCAAGCUCCCUGGCACAAGCCUCCUCUCUAAAUGUAGUCUCCCAUUGAAGCCAAAAUCUCUACAGAGACUGUGGAAGCCUCUUCAAGGGGUGUUACUGUACUUUGUUAGGUGUUUAAUGCCCAACAUACCAGUCCACUGACCCCAUUAUUGUGACCUUGGAUAUACAAGUAAAUAGCUCACAUGGUCUCAACCUUAUUUUUCUACUUUGUUGUAUUUAUUCUGUGACUUUGGACUUAAUGCCAUGCCAGAUUCUCAGUGAUGUUUAGACUCCAACUAGCUUAAGAGUUAGUAUAAAAUAAAAAUAAUAUUGUGUAGGUUGACACAUUCAAGACAGAAAAGAUGUCAUUAUUCAACCAUUCUUUCAUCUUCUCUGCAAUAUUUCCAUUGCGUGGUGCAUUUUUUCACUGAUGUCAUGAAUAAUAUAAUAACACACUUGACUGGAAAAGCAUAGAAAUUAAGCAAACACACAAGUACUGAAAAUGCUGGGGAACAGUUGAGUGUUGGCAGAAUGUAUGAAUGAUGCAUUGUACAGUAAGACUGUGAGCUUGGAAUUAUAAUGUACCAUCUGUGUUCAGAGUUGUUUUGAAAUGCCCAGAGAUUUAGUUGUCACCUCCUAUAUUGCGAGCCUGCUAUAGAAUUUUAAUUACCACUCAGACAUAACAAUUUUCAGAAACCUUACUUCUGUCACACAGAAACACCAGUUGAUAAAGCAAAAUUUCACAAGAUACUUAAUUAUUUAGUAACAAAUUGUGCACAGAUUUGUGUGAUGCUAUUAUUUAAGAAGGCCAGUGUGUUAGACUACACUCACUGACAAAUAUUCCACAAUUUUGGAGCAUUCUCUGAAUAUCGUGCAGACAUCAGAUUUAAGCAACUAUGGGAAGUUCCGCCAACUUUUAUCAAACAUGGUAAUAAGGUUUUAUUAAAAGUAAUAGGCAUAGAUAUCAGCAGAGGCACUUGGACUUGAAUGACAAAAUGAGUUAGUAUACCGUUCCUCUGGCAUUAUCGCUGCAGUGUAAAGAGGCCUACUGAACUCUGUGAUCACUGAUCACAUUCAAGGACAAUGACAGGAGUUUCCCUAAAAGAUUCUAAAAAUGAAGGAUUAACCAAAGGAAGAAGAUUUCUCGACAGUUACACUGGCAUUUUUCAGAGUAAUUAGUAUGCAGAAUCCUUCUACCUCCUAUCGCCACACUUUUCACUUAUUCACCUCUACACUGUACCUGCUGCUGUGGAUAAAGAACGUUAUGAUGGAACCAGAAAGAAAAGAAAUACUGUGUGACAGCUGGGGAGGUUUCUGUAAAUAGCUCUUGUUUUCUUGUGAUAAUAAUGAUUACUAAUGCAGGCAAACCUAAAAACUCCAAAGUGCUAAAAAAAAUAAAGCACAGAUUUUGACACUGUAAAAAUAAAAUUAAAAAGAAAAUAUUUUAAUGGUCAGCAGUGUAGUAUAGUUUUUGUAAGCUAACCACAAGAAUGAUCUCAUGUCACAUACCCAUGCCCUACAUUACGAGCCAUGCAAGAACUCUGUCUCAGGGGAUACUGACCUUCGAUCUGUAAAUAUUGCUUACCAGCCUUUAGUUUGUUGUCUCUUUUGUGUACAUAAAGCGGUCAAGGCAAUCCAACAUAAAAUAUAUGUCAGUCCAGCAUUUUGUAUUAUACAAUGAAGGAAAAGAGGUCAAGAGAAGAGAAUAAUGUGUUUACUCCGGUGAAGUGACAUGGAAUUAUAAGUGUAAAUUAAUUAUUUUUCCCCCUCCUCCAUUGUUCUUUUUACACUUGAAGCUAAACUUUGAUGUGAAGCACACACCUGCUGUAAUCUGUGUUUCAUUCUGCAGCUCCCCAAGUUAAUGAGUUACUCAAUGUGCUUUACAUUAGCACUCUAUAGAAGUUUCAUUUAAAAAAAAGGCUGCACUGUUAAUGGACCUUUUCAACCACAUGUUAUGUUUCAGGGACUGGAAUGGCAAACUGAGGGCAAAGACACUGAUAGGUUUUCUCCAUUAUACAAGGCCCCACUGUGUUCAUGACAUUACUGAAUGUAAAUGUUUGGCUGUCUGUAUUUUCAGGCACAUGAUUUUGCUUGUCAGGUUUAGCAAAGCUGAAUUAUAAUUUAUGGAGGUUCAUUAACGACAAAGCUACUCAGUGGUAUUUGAGGGUUAAAGAUGCUUUGAGCUCGCAUGUAGGAUUAUGUGUUAGAGGUAAGUGAGUAUGGCUGUAGCCUAAAGUUAAGAAAUGCUGAGUUUUAGCCAAAAUCCCACCCCCACCAAUAGUUUUAAAAAGAGCGGGAACAACAUUUAGGGCUGAAGUUGUACCAUUUGAAUACAGCUCAGCUUUUC